AUGAAACACCUAGUACUAAUUGCGCUCUUCGGCUGUUGCCUAGCCAUGCGACAACAAUCUGUGGCCAUCAAAGGAAAAUUGGUGUGUGGACCUAGGCCGGCAUCUGGAGUUUCGGUAAAGCUUUGGGAAGAAGAUGACGGUCCUGAUCCCGACGACCUCCUCGACCAAGGCUAUACUGCCCCUGAUGGCACUUUUAUACUAAAGGGAUCGGAACGUGAGCUUACCACGAUUGACCCAGUUUUCAAGGUGUACCACGAUUGUGAUGACGGGAUCAAGCCCGGCAAGCGAAAGGUGAAGUUCCGCAUCCCUCAAUCCUACAUCACUAAUGGACCGGUUGCCAAACGCAUAUUCGACAUAGGAGUGCUGAACCUAGAGACGAUCUUUGCUAAGGAAGAACGUGAACUAAUCUAA